AUGGGUGAUGUGGCGAGGUGUGUACAGGCCCUCUUCUUCCACCAGUCCCCCACAGGGGACCAGGGGGCUGAUGAGGACAAGGGUCAGGGCCUUGGGACCCCUUUAGGGGCAUCCGGGUUGGAGCAGGUCCUCCCGUCACAGCCCCGCCUGGACCUCACAACCCCUGCGCGAAGGCGGCUCUGGCAGUCAGCCAGCCAGCAGGACGAGCCAGGGAGCGGCCGCCUCCAGGGUCCUCCGGGGCCUGUCCUGCCCACGCGUGAUAGAGCCUUCUCCAAAUGGACGUGGGACCCCAGCGGGGUGUGGGAGGGCUUCCUGGAGUUGGGCCUGCGCUUCGACCCCAGGUUCUACUGGGACUUCACCAUGUUGCUCUUCAUGGUGGGAAACCUCAUCAUCAUACCCGUGGGCAUCACCUUCUUCAAGGACGAGACCACCGCCCCGUGGAUCGUGUUCAAUGUGGUCUCAGACACGUUCUUCCUCAUGGACCUGGUGCUGAACUUCCGAACGGGCAUCGUGAUUGAGGACAACACGGAGAUUAUCCUGGACCCCGAGAAGAUCAAGAAGAAGUACCUGCGCACGUGGUUCGUGGUGGACUUCGUGUCCUCCAUCCCCGUGGACUACAUCUUCCUCAUCGUGGAGAAGGGCAUCGACUCCGAGGUUUACAAGACGGCGCGCGCGCUGCGAAUCGUGCGCUUCACCAAGAUCCUCAGCCUCCUGCGGCUGCUGCGCCUGUCGCGCCUGAUCCGCUACAUCCACCAGUGGGAGGAGAUCUUCCACAUGACCUAUGACCUGGCGAGCGCGGUGAUGCGCAUCUGCAACCUUAUCAGCAUGAUGCUGCUGCUGUGUCACUGGGACGGCUGCCUGCAGUUCCUGGUGCCCAUGCUGCAGGACUUCCCGCGGAACUGCUGGGUCUCCAUCAACGGCAUGGUGAACCACUCCUGGAGCGAGCUCUACUCCUUCGCGCUCUUCAAAGCCAUGAGCCACAUGCUGUGCAUCGGGUACGGGCGGCAGGCCCCCGAGAGCAUGACGGACAUCUGGCUGACGAUGCUGAGCAUGAUCGUGGGUGCCACCUGCUACGCCAUGUUCAUCGGCCACGCCACCGCCCUCAUCCAGUCGCUGGACUCCUCGCGGCGCCAGUACCAGGAGAAGUACAAGCAGGUGGAGCAGUACAUGUCCUUCCACAAGCUGCCCGCCGACUUCCGCCAGAAGAUCCACGACUACUACGAGCACCGCUACCAGGGCAAGAUGUUCGACGAGGACAGCAUCCUGGGCGAGCUGAGCGGGCCGCUGCGGGAGGAGAUCGUCAACUUCAACUGCCGGAAGCUGGUGGCCUCGAUGCCGCUGUUCGCCAACGCCGACCCCAACUUUGUCACGGCCAUGCUGACCAAACUCAGAUUCGAGGUCUUCCAGCCGGGUGACUACAUCAUCCGCGAAGGCACCAUCGGCAAGAAGAUGUACUUCAUCCAGCACGGCGUGGUCAGCGUGCUCACCAAGGGCAACAAGGAGAUGAAGCUGUCCGACGGCUCCUAUUUCGGGGAAGCUCAUGGCCACGGCCUGCUGCAGCGUGGCGAUGGCCGAGGUGACCUGCGGCGGCGGCGGCGGCGGGAAGAGGCCCACGCGCUGGCCCAGCUCCGCCUGCUGCACCAUCUCGCGGUCGUACUUGACGAUCUCCUGGAUGAUGGCGUUCUCCUGGUUGUUGAACACGCCGGAGUUGAGAUCGUGUUGCACCUUGUGCAGCAGGAUGGAGUUCUUCUUGCCUGGGGGCGGGGCGGGGGCGUCAGCCGGCCGCAGCGCCUGGGGCCGCGUGCCUCAUGCCUCGGGGCUGGCGGCCCUCGGAGAGGAGGCGCGAACGCGGGGCACCUUCCGCGGACGCUCCGCUGGUCCUGGGCGUCUGUUCUGUGCGUCCAGUGCGCACACCACUGCGUGCACUGCGCCAAGUAUCGGCGCCUGCUCUGCCCAGCCAGUGUGCACCCCGCAGCUGCCCGUACCUACCUACCUGCUGUAGAAAACAAACACGCACAGAGCAUCUUUUGCACAUCAUAG